CUUAUUCCGAGGAAUCAGUUUUCACCAGCACCUUCCUAUAUAGCGGGUAUAUUUGCUGUUUAAUUUUCCCAUAUUAAUUCCUUAACCAAGUCUACCCUCGAGCUCUGUCUGAAACCUUGCCCCCUGACAGACACCCAAAAAUGUCGACAAUGCAACAAGCAAACCGCCUCAAGCAGGCCUUUAUGACAAAGAAGCCCGCUUUUGGGCUGUGGCAGAUGUUACCGGGCUCCAACAUCUCGCGGGCUCUUGCCAGGACGCCGGGGAUCGACUGGGUCAUGGUGGAUUGUGAACAUGGAAACAUUGAUGAUGCCGCCAUGCAUGAGGCUGUGCCUGCCAUCGCCGCAGUUGGCGUUUCGCCCAUUGUGCGGAUACCAGACUUUCAACCAUGGAUGGUCAAACGAGCUCUUGACACUGGAGCUCAUGGGAUCCUUGUACCGCUGAUCAGAACAGUUCAAGAGGUCAAAACCCUGGUGUCGGCGUGCAAGUUCCCACCCGAAGGGACACGGGGCUUCGGCUCCCCCUUCGCCAUGCACACCUUCUCUCCGACCCCGUCAAUGACGACGUACCUACAGUCGGCUAACUCUAGCCUGCUGACCAUGGUGCAGAUUGAGACGCGGGAGGCGCUGGAGCGGGUCGCCGAGAUCGCGCCGCUCGUCGAUGUCGUGCUGGUUGGGCCCUUUGACCUCGGCAACAACAUCGGGCAACCGAUCCUCGACGGCGUCAUGAGCCAGGAACUGAAGGACGCCGUGGAGAGCGUCAGGGUCGCAGCGGAGAGGGCCGGCGUCGUGAGCGGCAUCUUUUGCACGGGUCCCGAGAUGGCCAAGAGCUGCGCAGAUGCCGGCUGGGGCAUGAUCAGCGUCGCGACAGAUCUGACGGCGUUGAUGGGAACGAUGGAGGAGAGGGUUGCGGUUGCGAGGGGAGAGGGUAAGUUGGGAGCGAAGGGUGGAUAUUAGAGGGCAAGUUGACAGGAUCCUCGUGGGAGAGGGAUUGAGCGAUGGAUCAUGUCCCAAGGUUGUAGAGUAAGACAAUAAAACUUCCAUCUGCAUACAGAACGUAUUCGUUUAUAAUUAGACUAUUAUCCUGAUACAGCAAGAUUUGUUCAGGCCGAG